UUCCAUGUCUGCCUUCCACGGCAUUCCCGUCAACUCUACAAAGAAUCUAUGGAAUAUGCGCCGCACAAACUCGAGCCGACGUUUCCGGUUCUGGGACUCACAAUCCUAUACCAAAGUUCACCCGAGUAAGCAAAUUUCUCGCGGUGGCCGGUCGUCGUCAAGGUUCUCCGCAGACAGCAGCAAGAUGCUCUUCGCUACUCUCACUCUCCUUGUGGCCGCUCUGGCUCCCUCAGUCGCCGGUCAGGCACCGAAGGGCGCCAAGAUCUCCGCCAAAGAUCACCACGAUUACGGCGACCAGAAGGACGGCUGGCACUGGUGGGACAAAGAGCACUUCUGGAAGCCAGUGGUUUGCUCGACCACCGCCGAUUGCAAGAAACAGGCCCUGAAGGGCCAGAACCAGUACAAGAAUUGUCCAUUCCCUGCGACCAAGGACAAGAACUACUUCGACUUCGAUGUUGAUCUUCAAUAUGGUGGCACCGCCUGUUUGCCCGUGCCCAAGCAGAAGCAGAAGGAGUGCUACUGUGGCGCCGGCUUGAGCGGCGAUCCCGCCAAGCUCAAGCAGUGGGUUAACGCUUACUUCGCGGCCGACGGACUCAAGAACGUCUCGGUCAACAAGUGCUGUAUCUUCGGCAAGCCGGAGGACAAGAACUUCGCGUGGAAUUGCACGUUGCAAUGCGGCAAGGGCAACAAGAAAUGCAUCCAGGAGGUCGGCGCCGAUUCUUGCAAGAAGGGAGACAAGAAAUGCAUCCAGAAGGUCGGCUCCGCGCCGUUCGCGUUCAUUCCGAUUAACCAAGCGCCUGCGUGCCCGAAAUGA